AUGUGGAGAUUUCGAUCAAUAAGGAUUUCAAAGCAUUUGCAAGACCUUCGAUGGCCGGAUGCUACACCUGGGGAAAUACUAAAAGUGAUGUCAAUAUGUCAAAUAAGAUCAGGCCUAGGAAGGCUCACAAACACCAGAAGCGGCAACGAGCAAGGGCCCCUCUGGACCUACAGGAUAUCGACAUCGAUGCAAUACUAAACAAAAUAAUACAGGAGGAAGCAUACUCAAGCAGAACCUCAAACACUUCAACAUUGGUUGAAAAAGACCUGAAUAGAAGGGAUCAAUCACUCGCGAUAGCUGGACUGCAGAAGGAUUCACAACAACAGAGGACUGUGAACCCAGAGGAGAAGGAAAAGGAGGAAACAGUUGCUCUGCAACCUUUCAAGGGUACUCCUCUCAUCAUCUCUGAUCUUCAAAAGAAGAAUGAUAUCAUGGUUAGUAACUACAAUCAACUCUCCUACAAUUUUUCUUAAUUCUCAUUAGUGAGUUUCCUUGGCCAUUACUUUCUUAAACAUCAUUUGAAAAACAGUGCACGAUAAGCAUUGAAGAAUAUAACGAUUUUAAAUUAAAAAAUACAUGUACAUGUACCAUAUAUCACACAUUGUAGAGGUUUCAUGGUCUUAGUUGCUACGUCACUGGACAGUGGACCACAUGGUUUAUAGGGCUCAAAUUCAUGCAAUAUAUUGCUGCUGCUGGUACGCCAUUAAUAUUAUCAUGUGAUGGUUUCUAACAUGUGAUCUAAGCUUAAAGGGAAAUUAACCUCUCAACUAUAAAGCAUUAUCAUGACAUAGAGAGUAAAAUCAACAUUUCAUUUGA